GUCGUGUUUGUGAGUCAAGCAGGAAGUGAAGUCAAAUCUUCCGCCAAAAGAAGAGGUGUAGGAAUAGCGUUCGCUCAAAAUUGCUAUAAAAUCGAGAAAAGGACGGGAUCAUUGUCAUUUACGCGUUAACUUUGAUUGAUACAUAUAUUUGUAUGUGUUAAAGUAAAUCCCAUCAUGUUGAUCAAAGUAAAGACUCUGACAGGCAAGGAAAUAGAAAUUGACAUAGAACCUACAGACAAGGUUGAGAGAAUCAAAGAAAGGGUGGAAGAAAAAGAGGGGAUUCCUCCCCAGCAACAGAGACUUAUCUACAGCGGGAAACAAAUGAAUGAUGAAAAGACAGCUGCUGACUACAAGAUUCAGGGAGGGUCUGUGUUGCACUUAGUUUUGGCCCUCAGAGGAGGCAGUGUCUCCCACUGUCCCAGCCUUGCCCUGUCACCUGUGUAAUCUUCCCCUGCUCAGGGUGUGCCAACCUUAGAAUUUCAGUCACUAUUACCACCUGGUCAUGCCACAAGAGCACCAUGGAGCAUGGAUCCUGGGCGGUAUCCCAAGUAUGUGGUUUAGUGACAUCUCCAAAGUUAACUCUGAGUAAGUGGUAAACCUUCUUAAAGAGCCAUAUGGCUUUCUUUUGCUAGGAGAAUAAUGCCAUAAGGCUAAAGGAGGUUUACCGCUUACUGAAUUAACUCACCCAGGUUUGUCACUAAACAACGUGCUUGGAAUACCUCUCUGGUCAAGAGCUACAAUGUUGCAGCAGCUGAUCUUCAAGCACAUCUACGGAUGUCUCGCAAUAGUGAAAUCUAUCUUGUUCUGAUUAUGUAAUUGUUACCACCUACAGCUAUGUUUGACAUGUGUGAGUGAUGUUUGUGUACUGUGUGAAAGAAUCUGAAAACUGGGUUAUUUGCCUGUGAAUAAAAAUGGAAAAUGUCUCAUAAA